UAGCGGUCCCGCCUUCCGAGCCUUGCUUAAAUAAAGAGCUGGCUCCGGGCUACUCCAAGGGCGCAGGUUCCCGGAGGUUCCUCGAGUUCUCGGGCCACCUGAAGCGGACAAGCCGACAGCCCAGGAGCGAAGAAGGACACGCUAGAGCCACAGAGGGAGCCGCGUCGGACGCGCUCUUUGGCGGGCAUUGCUUCCGGGGCAGGGGGCGGGGCCUCCGGAAGUGGCCGGUCGCCGUCCGCUGCUCGUUGUUUGAGCGUCUGACGGGAAGGAGAAGCCCGAGCUUCGGCGGCGCCGCGGGGCGGCAGUCACGACCCGAUCCCGAGCCGUCGCUUGCCCGCGGACAAGCCAGAACCGAGGACUUCCAGUUGCUGAACGGCGGGGCGACACGCCCGCUCGCCUUCGGAUCUUAUCAUGUCGCGGGGCUCCAUCGAGAUUCCCCUCCGGGACACUGACGAGGUCAUUGAACUUGAUUUCGAUCAGUUACCGGAGGGAGAUGAAGUUAUUAGUAUUCUGAAGCAGGAACAUACGCAACUGCACAUAUGGAUUGCUUUGGCGCUGGAAUACUACAAGCAAGGAAAAACAGAAGAGUUUGUAAAGUUGUUGGAAGCAGCACGUAUAGAUGGCAAUUUGGAUUAUAGAGACCAUGAGAAAGACCAGAUGACUUGCUUGGAUACAUUGGCAGCCUACUAUGUACAACAGGCUCGGAAAGAAAAGAAUAAGGACAAUAAGAAGGAUCUUAUUACACAGGCAACCUUGUUGUAUACAAUGGCUGAUAAAAUUAUUAUGUAUGACCAGAACCAUUUGCUGGGAAGAGCCUGCUUCUGCCUCCUUGAAGGUGACAAAAUGGAUCAAGCUGACGCACAGUUUCAUUUUGUACUCAACCAGUCUCCAAAUAAUAUUCCAGCCCUUCUUGGUAAAGCUUGUAUUUCCUUCAACAAGAAGGAUUACAGAGGAGCUCUUGCUUACUAUAAAAAAGCAUUGCGUACAAACCCAGGAUGUCCAGCUGAAGUUCGUUUAGGAAUGGGCCAUUGCUUUGUGAAGCUUAACAAGCUAGAGAAAGCUCGUCUAGCAUUCAGCAGAGCCCUGGAACUUAAUUCCAAAUGUGUAGGAGCAUUGGUUGGACUGGCUGUCUUGGAACUCAACAAUAAAGAGGCCGAUUCCAUCAAAAAUGGUGUCCAGCUUCUUUCCAGAGCAUAUACUAUUGAUCCCAGUAACCCGAUGGUAUUGAACCACUUGGCAAAUCACUUUUUCUUCAAAAAGGACUACAGUAAAGUCCAGCACCUGGCUCUCCAUGCCUUCCACAACACCGAAGUAGAGGCCAUGCAAGCCGAAAGCUGCUACCAGCUGGCGCGGUCGUUCCAUGUUCAGGAAGAUUACGACCAAGCUUUCCAGUACUACUAUCAGGCCACACAGUUUGCCUCAUCCUCUUUUGUGCUCCCAUUUUUUGGUUUGGGACAAAUGUAUAUUUAUAGAGGUGACAAAGAAAAUGCAUCUCAGUGCUUUGAGAAAGUUUUGAAAGCUUAUCCUAACAAUUAUGAAACGAUGAAAAUUCUCGGCUCUCUGUAUGCUGCAUCAGAAGAUCAAGAAAAAAGAGAUAUUGCCAAGGGCCAUUUGAAGAAGGUCACAGAACAGUACCCUGAUGAUGUUGAGGCUUGGAUUGAACUGGCACAGAUCUUAGAACAGACCGAUAUACAGGGUGCCCUUUCAGCCUAUGGAACAGCAACACGAAUCCUUCAGGAGAAAGUGCAAGCCGAUGUCCCCCCUGAGAUCCUGAAUAAUGUUGGUGCCCUCCAUUUUAGACUUGGAAACCUAGGGGAGGCAAAGAAAUAUUUUUUGGCAUCAUUGGAUCGUGCAAAGGCAGAGGCUGAGCAUGAUGAACAUUACUAUAACGCCAUUUCUGUUACUACCUCGUACAAUUUAGCCAGGCUGUACGAGGCCAUGUGUGAAUUCCACGAAGCGGAAAAACUGUACAAGAACAUCUUACGAGAACAUCCCAAUUAUGUAGACUGUUAUUUGCGGCUAGGAGCCAUGGCCAGAGAUAAAGGAAACUUUUAUGAGGCUUCAGAUUGGUUUAAGGAAGCUCUUCAGAUUAAUCAGGAUCAUCCAGACGCUUGGUCUUUGAUUGGUAAUCUUCACUUGGCCAAACAAGAGUGGGGUCCCGGCCAGAAGAAGUUUGAGAGGAUACUGAAGCAGCCGUCCACGCAGAGUGACACCUACUCCAUGCUAGCCCUGGGCAACGUGUGGCUGCAGACUUUGCAUCAGCCCACUCGAGACCGAGAGAAGGAAAAGCGUCAUCAAGAUCGUGCUCUGGCCAUCUACAAACAAGUUCUCAGAAACGACGCGAAGAAUCUUUAUGCUGCUAAUGGCAUAGGAGCUGUUUUGGCCCACAAAGGAUAUUUCCGUGAAGCUCGUGAUGUAUUUGCCCAAGUAAGGGAAGCAACAGCGGAUAUCAGCGAUGUGUGGUUGAACUUAGCGCACAUCUAUGUGGAACAAAAGCAGUAUAUCAGCGCUGUUCAGAUGUAUGAAAACUGCCUCAGAAAGUUCUAUAAGCACCAAAAUACUGAAGUUGUGCUCUAUUUGGCCCGGGCCCUCUUCAAGUGUGGCAAAUUACAGGAAUGCAAGCAGACUUUGCUGAAGGCCAGACAUGUGGCACCCAAUGAUACAGUUCUUAUGUUUAACGUGGCCUUGGUCUUGCAAAGAUUAGCUACCUCUGUCCUAAAAGAUGAAAAAAGUAAUCUGAAGGAAGUCCUUAAUGCUGUGAAAGAACUGGAGCUUGCACACAGAUCCUUCAGUUACUUGAGUAAAGUGGGAGAUAAAAUGAGAUUUGACUUGGCCCUUGCUGCUACGGAAGCCAGGCAGUGCUCCGACUUACUGAGCCAGGCCCAGUACCACGUGGCCCGGGCGCGCAAGCAGGACGAAGAAGAGCGCGAGUUGCGGGCCAAACAAGAGCAAGAAAAGGAGCUAUUAAGGCAGAAACUUCUGAAAGAACAGGAAGAGAAACGCCUCAGAGAAAAGGAAGAGCAAAAGAAACUGUUGGAACAGCGAGCCCAGUAUGUGGAAAAGACCAAAAACAUUCUUAUGUUUACUGGGGAGACUGAGGCGACGAAAGAGAAGAAAAGAGGUGGAGGUGGGCGGCGCUCCAAGAAAGGUGAAUUUGAUGAAUUUGUCAACGAUGACACUGAUGACGACCUACCAAUAUCUAAGAAGAAGAAGAGGAGAAAGGGCAGUGGCAGUGAACCAGAAGGGGAAGAUGAGGAGGGUGGCGAGAGAAGGAAGAAGAAGAGGAGAAGACCUCCGAAGGGAGAAGAAGGAUCUGAUGAUGAUGAAGCAGAAAAUGGCCCCAAGCCGAAGAAGCGCCGUCUACCAAAAACAGAGAAGAAGAAGGCUCCCAAGCCAGAACGACUGCCUCCUUCAAUGAAGGGAAAAAUAAAAUCCAAAGCCAUAAUAUCAUCAAGUGAUGAUUCUUCAGAUGAGGAUAAACUGAAAAUUGCUGAUGAAGGACACGCCAGGCGCGGCAACGGCAACAGCGACUCCGAGGAGGAGGAGCAGCGGCCCAGGAGACGCGCCUCCUCCUCGGAGAGCGACUCCGAUGACAACCAGAACAAGUCUGGCAGCGAGGCCGGCAGUCCCCCGAGGACCCGCAGACCGCGGUCCGAUGAGGAGGAGGAGGAGGAGGAGGAGGACUCCGACAGCGACCAGCCGACCCGGAAGAGGAGGCCCUCGGGCUCCGAGCAGUCCGACAAUGAGUCCGCGCAGUCGGGGAGAAGCCCCUCGGGAGCCUCGGAGAACGACUCUCGGCCGGCCUCCCCAAGCGCAGAGUCCGAUCGCGAAUCGGAGCGAGCGUCUGACAACGAAGGUUCUGGCCAAGGCUCUGGAAAUGAGUCGGAACCAGAGGGAUCCAACAACGAGGGCUCAGAUCGAGGCUCAGAUCGUGGGUCAGAUGAUAGCGACUAGGUUUUAUUUCGUAAAGGAGCUUCAUCUCUGGAGGAAAUUUUUUUAAUAUAUGAAAGCUGUGAUAAAAAUGUUUCAGAUGUUUAGUCAAACAAUUGUGAAAUUUUUCUUAAAGCAAGUUUUUUUCUAUCUGUUUGUAUAUUACUAAAGCCCGAGAGACAUUUCCCGUGCUAGAGUCCAAUAUUGGAAUUUCCUGUGCAAAUGAGACUGUUCAUUGUGGUACAGUUCCACCUGUCAUAUGUGAAAACCGCAGUAAAAAUAAACCCAGAUGCUAAAGCAUUCCUACAGAGGUUUGACUGAAACCAUGAUGUCCCUUCUUUGUAUGUUAAGCAGCAUACUGUUUUGAUUUUUAUUGCAAUCUUUUACUAAGUGGUGUAGGAACUUGGUAUUAAUGUCUUUGUUGUUUUUUGAGUUUAGGUUGGGAAUAUUUUUAUUUCCUGGAGUAAGAGGUGUCUACUGUAUAAUUGCACCAAAGAACAUAGGAAAAGAAAGUGUUCUUCACAGUGUAAUGUCACAGCCAUGCAGAUGAAGCCAGAAGUAUAUGCUUCGUUAGGUUGAAGAAGGUGUGAAAAAUGCUUUUUCUGUUAGUAGGAUGCAAAAACGCCCCUAAGCCCCAUAAUAAAAUCCUUUCGCCAA